CAGGAGCACUACAAGAGCGGAAUGGAGGAGGAGCAGCAGAACCCGGAGCAGCGGAGCAACAAGGUCCCCAGAAGACUAGCAGCAGGCUCGUCCUCUGAUCCCACCGACGUUCAGUUGUUGAAGGAGUGUUCCAUCCCGCUGACACGUGUCAGGAUCAGCAGUGCGAUGUUGGCUGCGAUGGACGCCGUUGGACGCUCAGCAGCUGUUCCAAAAGGCCAAAAGAAACGGAGAAGAAGAAAGGGACUGAUUCAUCAGAGAGUUCACACUGGAACGAAACCCUACAGCUGUUUUGAAUGUGGGAAAACUUUCACUUCGGAAGGUUACCGCAAAAUCCACCAACGUAUUCACACUGGAGAGGAACCCUACAGCUGUGCUGAAUGUGGAGCAUCUUUCAGUAGAUCACAUGGCCUCAAAAUACAUCAACGUAUUCACACUGGAGAGGAACCCUACAGCUGUGCUGAAUGUGGAGCAUCUUUCAGUAGAUCAUAUGGCCUCAGAAGACAUCAACGUAUUCACACUGGAGAGAAACCCUACAGCUGUGAUGAAUGUGGAGCAGCUUUCACUAGAUUAGAUAACUUCAAAAUACAUCAACGUAUUCACACUGGAGAGAAACCCUACAGCUGUGAUGAAUGUGGAGCAGCUUUCAUUAGAUCAGGUGACCUGAAAAUACAUCAAUACAUUCACACUGGAGAGAAACCCUACAGCUGUGAUGAAUGUGGAGCAGCUUUCACUAGAUUAGAUAACUUCAAAAUACAUCAACGUAUUCACACUGGAGAGAAACCGUUCUGGUGUGACCAAUGUGGUAAAACUUUUUCUGAUUCAAAUUCCCAUAAAUCCCACCGACGUGGUCACACUGGAGAGAAACCGUACUGGUGUGACCAGUGUGGUAAAACGUUUACUCGGUAUAGUGUCUUUAAAUCCCACCAAUUUAUUCACACUGGAGAGAAACCGUACUGGUGUGACCAGUGUGGUAAAACUUUUUCUCAGGAUAGUUCCCUUAAAUCCCAUGAACGUAUUCACACUGGAGAGAAACCGUACUGGUGUGACCAGUGUGGUAAAUCUUUUUCUCAGUAUAGAUCCCUUAAAGACCACCAACACAUUCACACUGCAUCGUUGUUGAGUCCAGGACAACAGAGUCCAGCAGUCAGAGUGGAGACCUGCUGGAUCUCAGAGACCAGGACCAGGAGCCCGUUUCAGAAAGCAGCUUUAACAAACUCUGAGAUGGAAAAGUUUUCAGAUCCAGAACAGCUGAUCAGAGUUUGUUCAAUCAAAUGUGAGGAUGAAACCAGCCUUCAUCAAUGGAGCUCUGAUACUACGAUUCACCAUGGCAACAGAGACCAGGACCAGGAGCACUACAAGAGCAAAAUGGAGGAGGACCAGCAGAACCCGGACCAGCAGAACAACAAGGUCCCCAGAAGACCGGCAGCAGACUCGUCCUCUGAUAUCACCGAUGUUCAGAAACGGAGAGGAAGAAAGCAAGUGCUUCAUCAGAAAGUUGACAUUGGAGAGAAACUACACGACUGUGACCUAUGUGCGAAAACUUUUCCUUUGGGCAGUAACCUCAAUGUCCACCAAUGCAUUCACACUGAAGAGAAACCCUACAGCUGUGAUGAAUGUGGGGCAGAUUUCAUACAACCGAGUCGCCUAAAAAGACAUCAACGCAUUCACACUGGAGAAAAAUCCUACAGCUGUGAUGAAUGUGGGAAAACUUUCACUUCAGAGAGUAAACUCAAAAUCCACCAAUGCAUUCAUACCGGAGAGAAACCCUACAGCUGUGAUGAAUGUGGGGCAGCUUUCCAAACCCAGAGUUCCCUAAAAAUACAUCAACGCAUUCACACUGGAGAAAAACCAUACAGCUGUGAUGAAUGUGGGGCAGCGUUCCGGCAGCAGAGUAACCUAAAAACACAUCAACGCAUUCACACUGGAGAAAAACCAUACAGCUGUGAUGAAUGUGGGGCAGCGUUCCGGCAGCAGAGUAGCCUAAAAACACAUCAACGCAUUCACAGUGGAGAGAAACCGUACAACUGUGAUGAAUGUGGGAAAACUUUUUGUGGUGGUAGUUCCCUUAAAAACCACCAGCGUAUUCACACUGGUGAGAAACCGUACUGGUGUGACCAAUGUGGGAAAACCUUUUCUUGGUCUAGCUCCCUGAAAAACCACCAAUGCAUUCACACUGGAGAGAAACCGUACUGGUGUGAUGAAUGUGGGGCAGCGUUCCGGAAGCAGAGUAACCUAAAAACACAUCAACGCAUUCACACUGGAGAAAAACCAUACUGGUGUGACCAAUGUGGGAGAACUUUUUCAGAGUCUAAUUACCUUAAACGCCAUCAACGUAUUCACAGUGGAGAGAAACCGUACAACUGUGAUGAAUGUGGGAAAACUUUUCGUGAUGGUAGUUCCCUUAAAAAACACCAGCGUAUUCACACUGGUGAGAAACCGUACUGGUGUGACCAAUGUGGGAAAACCUUUUCAGCGUCUAGCUCCCUGAAAGACCACCAACGCAUUCACACUGGAGAGAAACCGUACUGGUGUGACCAAUGUGGGAAAACUUUUUCAGCGUCUGGUCACCUUAAACGCCAUCAACGUAUUCACACUGGAGAGAAACCGUACUGGUGUGACCAAUGUGGUAAAGCUUUUAUUCGGAGUAGUAACCUUAAAGCUCACCAACGUGUUCACACUGCAUCGUUGUGAACAAUUUUCAGAGCCUAGCUAGCUUUUUCCUCCUGCCUCCUCCCCAAGCCAUGAUAGCUCUGCUGUUAUAUUCUCAGCUUCUUUCCACAUUGAAGGCUGACCAACGGUUAUUUUAUGUUUUAAACAGCGUGUAUGUUUUCGUGGCUAUGACUACAUAAUUGGACCACCAGAAACUUCCCAGUGGGAUUCCGUUAUGAGGCUUAACUGUCAGAACAUUUGAAAGAUUCUUCCAAUCACAAGGAGGGAGAACCAACCACUAUCCUUUACAAAUCCUAAAGAAAAAUUCUGGUUUAUUUCAACUUGACGUAUUUCCCAUAAAUGUAUCCGUUGUGACUGUACGGGUCACGCUAACUUUGCAGACAGCUCCUCUGUUAUAGAGAUUCAGGGAAACAAGGACUAGUGCAGAACAUUGAUAUCAGGGAAUGCUACUCGAACCUCCUAAAACUUUCCAAAUUUGGACGAUGAAUCGCCUGUAGUGUGAUGACUGAAAGAUGAAAAUAAUAAUGAAGUUAUUCCUUAAUUCUUGAAACUUCUUCCAGAAACUUUACCUGAACUCUCAGGGCACUAAGUGGUGCGACUCUUAAUUUACAACCACCCUGGCUAAGCUCAAAGAGGAGAAACAACCACAAGAUUUUGUACCCAUCCUGACCAUUUGAGCUGUUUAAUGAAUUAUUGGUUAAAGGCCCUGACAUCUGGUUCUUCCAAAAGACUCUGAGAAGCAGUGAAGACCAACCAGUAAGACACAAUGAACUGAUGAUGAGAAGCAGAAUGAAACUAAUUCUGCCACUAAAAUGUACAUCAAUUCAUUUCUUAGAUUAGACAUUCCUGUUAGAGGUUUCAAUCCACAUCUGAGAUACUGAACUGUUUUAGUUUAUCUAUGUCAGUUAUUUUCAAUCUUUGUAACUCAAAUAUUCAUGCUAAUAAACAAACAAGUUUGUGAAACAAUAACGAAUUAAGCCCAAACAAGUUAAACUGACUAAAGGUUGUAGAUCAAAACCUUCCCUUUAUAUUAAUAACUGGGUUAGAUCUUGCCAGCCUACAGAAAUGUUAUUUCUAUAUACAGUAUGCGUAUUAUAGGUCCCCGAAGAUCUAAAACAGAAAUUUGGGUGCACAUAAUGCCUGUUAGUCCUUUAUUUUGAAUAUAUGUUUUUAAUAUGCUUGAAGUGUAUUACACCUUUUAACAUUGUUUUUGAAUCAUACACAAAUUGACCCCUUUUUACUGUUACAUGUGAUGACAUGUGUUUUAUGUUGUCUAAGUUGAAUUCUAACUGUUAUGUUGGUAACUUGUGUCUCCCUAACGCCCAGUCUCACAGACAUGUCUGCUUCAUGGGAGCGACCCCUUCCCUUCUGCCUCUUGCUCUCAUCUAGACAGAUCUGUGCCACAUGUUGAGAUCAAUCAUAUCUUUUCAUUUAUAUGUGUAAUUAGUGCACAUAUACUGUAUAUCUGCAUAUAUAGGCCUGUCUGUUGUAGUGUUUGUAUACCUAAAUGUUAUGAUAACAAGGUUUAUCUAUGUUGUGUAAUUUGUUAAUUAAUUUUAAUUCAAUUGAUCAGGUUUUAUUCAGUGGUUUAUAUCAUAUACAGUAGGUGUUUGGUUCUACAGCAGAUAAAGCCCAGAUGUCUGAUACGGAAAAACUAAUUAUGUGAAGCAAAUUAAUUAGUAUCAGUCCUGCAAAAUAGGUUUAACUGAAAGAGUCAAUAUAGUUUAUUACAUGGGAGGAGUAACAUGUAAUGAGUAAUGUUCAUUGUUGUAUUCACUGUAUCUCUUCAUUCAUUUUUUAUCACUCUGUUCCUUUUUCUUUUUGUUUUAUCAUUUAUUCACUUAUUUUCUGUUAGUAGUUUAGUCACGUAGUUAGUUAAAUAAACAAUUCAUUUAUAAAGAA